AGACUGGGGCACCAUGGACCUGGGUCUUGCAGGUCGGCGGGCGCUGGUCACCGGCGCGGGCAAAGGCAUCGGGCGCAGCACUGUGCUGGCUUUGCAGGCGGCUGGUGCACAGGUUGUGGCGGUGAGUCGGACGCGAGAGGACCUGGACAGCCUGGUCCGGGAGUGUCCUGGUGUGGAGCCUGUGUGUGUGGACCUGGCCGACUGGGAGGCCACAGAACAGGCCCUAAGCAAUGUGGGACCGGUGGACCUUCUGGUGAACAAUGCUGCUGUGGCUACGUUGCAGCCCUUCCUGGAGGUCACCAAGGAGGCCUGUGACACGUCCUUCAACGUGAAUUUUCGGGCUGUCGUCCAGGUGUCGCAGAUUGUGGCCAGGGGCAUGAUAGCUCGGGGAGUUCCAGGGGCCAUUGUGAAUGUCUCCAGCCAGGCCUCCCAGCGUGCACUGACCAACCAUACCGUCUACUGUUCCACCAAGGGUGCUUUAGACAUGUUGACCAAGGUGAUGGCCCUAGAGCUUGGGCCCCACAAGAUCCGUGUGAAUGCAGUAAACCCCACAGUAGUGAUGACACCCAUGGGCCGGGCCAACUGGAGUGACCCGCACAAAGCUAAGGUCAUGCUGGAUCGUAUCCCACUUGGCAAGUUUGCUGAGGUGGAGAACGUGGUAGACACCAUCCUCUUCCUGCUGAGCAACCGAAGUAGCAUGACUACUGGUUCCGCUUUGCCAGUGGAUGGGGGCUUCCUGGCUACCUAAGCCCUCCCUACCAAUACUCUGCUCAACUCAUGUUCAGAACAUCGUGCCCUCCAUCCCUCCAAUAAAGCUCUCUGCCCAGCCUGUGUGCUGAUUCUCCACCCAAA